AUGGGCUUCACUACGGGCUUCCUAGGAGGUCUGACAUUGACGUACUCUCUCAUCUAUCUUUCGGUAUAUGUACACAGAUCCAACAGAACACAUCAGUCACUUCUUCUACGACAGCAAGCCAAACUCCUGAACUCGAGUUUAGAUCCAGCUGAACCAGAGUACGAACCACCAGCAUAUCGUGUCGAGAAAGCCGGACUCGAAGAGCAAAUCAAGGAUAGGUGGAAUAGGGGGAUCGAGGAGUUUGUGCGAAGGGCUCAGGGGUGGGAUUUGGAGGCUACGAGACUCAGGAUUGAGGACAGGAUAGGCAAUACAUUCAACAAAGUCAAAAAUACAGAACGCGCGCAGGAGCUGCAGCAGAGGGUCAAAGAGCAAGCACAUGUCGCGGAACAGAAAUUGAAGGAAGCUGCAGAUAUCUUGGAACAUCGGAUCGAAGAGGGUACGCAAAAGCUGAAUGAGAAGGUGAAAGAGAGUGCCCAGGAUUUGCAGAAACUGGCCAAGGAGGGUGCUCACAUGGCUAAGGAGGGCGCACAGGAUCUGCAAAAGAGAGUUCAAGAAGGGAUAGCUAAUGCCCAGGACACGAAAGAGUCGUUGAAGCAUGAGACUCAAGUAGCUGUUCAUGGCAAGAGACUUCUUGAGUUGUGA